AUGAAGACUGCCGCUCUUUCCCUCCUGAUCGCCGCGGGCGCUGCCAGUGCAAGCCCCCUCGAGGCCCGAGCCAGCGGCGUCCAGGGCUUCGAUAUCUCCAGCUAUCAGGGUACCGUCAACUUUGCCGGUGCAUACAGCGCGGGGGCCCGUUUCGUCAUGAUCAAGGCGACCGAGGGCACUACAUACAUAGACAGCACCUUCUCCAGCCAUUACACCGGCGCUACCGAGGCCGGUCUGAUCCGAGGUGGCUAUCACUUUGCCCACCCCGACUCCAGCUCCGGAGCCACGCAGGCGGAGUACUUCUUGGCCCACGGUGGGGGUUGGUCUAACGAUGGCAUCACCCUGCCUGGCAUGCUGGACAUCGAGUAUAACCCAUCCGGCGCGACCUGCUACGGCCUGAGUGCCUCUGCCAUGGUCGCCUGGGUCAAGGACUUUGGCGAGACCUACAAGGGCAAGACUGGUCGGUACCCGAUGAUCUACACCACGGCCGACUGGUGGAACACCUGCACGGGGGGCAGCAGCGCCUUUAGCCAGGACUACCCGCUUGUACUGGCCCGCUACAGCAGCUCCGUGGGCACCGUGCCCGGGGGCUGGCCCUACCAGAGUUUCUGGCAGAACUCCGACUCCUACAGUUAUGGUGGGGAUUCGGAGAUCUGGAACGGCAGUGAGGAUUCUCUGAAGACCUUUGCCAAGGGCUGA